AUGAUACCCCCAUAUCAGCUUCCAGCUUCCAUUGAUUUGCUUGAAGCCAUGACUGACCGGACACAUAGUGUGACAGUGGACGACCGGGCUCUGAAGCGCAAGGUAGAGACGAUGGAGCAAGACCAAGAGCUUUUGAUCCAGCUUGUCAGCGCCCUUCGCGAUAGCAAUGGACACCAUGUCUCUCACCUUGUGAAUAUGAUUCGGAGUCAUGCUUCAUUGCAAGAAAUCCGAGAGUAUAUAACAGACCAUCUGCAACUGGGUACAAUCAAGGACACGUCCGAGGUGAAGGAGCUUCGGCGUCAACUUCGCCUUCUCCUUGACUUGGAGGGACCAGCCUUAGAGUCACACAAGGCACAGCGGGUCGCUCACACUCGUCCUUUCAGCGUUCCCGCAAAGCCGUGGACGAUGGUCCAGUGCAACAGUGCGUUUGUCUCGGAGCUCGUCUCGCUGUGGUUUACCUGGAACCAUCCCAUGUUUCCCUGUAUUGACCGCAGCCUAUUCGUGAGAGACAUGCGGGCGGGGAAUUUGGCAUGUCAGUACUGCUCACCCUUCCUGGUGAACGCCAUACUAGCUGACGCUUGUGCAUUACUAGACAAUUAUACCUCCGAAAACAAAAGCUACAUCAACGACAGCUCUCUUUCCCUAGCUAAACGCUUCUAUCAGCAAGCUCAGGGGCUCCACGAGGAGGAGGGGCGACUCAGCUUGGCCACUAUUCAAGGAUUGGCCGUUCUAUGGAGAUGCACGUGUUCGUUCGGUAAUGACCAUCUAUCUCGAGUGUAUGAGGGUCGAAUGGCGUACGCGUUACGCGAUUUCUCCUCUUCCAUUCCAUCAGCUUCUCCACAAUCCAGCGAGAAUGAGCGGCAGUACGACAAUGUUUGUAACACUGCCAUUUGGGGGGUGUACAAUAUUCUUCUGGCAAAUCUGAUCUUAUACCAGCGUCGGCCAUUGAUUGGGAUUCCGCAAUGUGCGCGCCCGCUGGUGCUCCAUAUUGAAGGUCUCGCGAGCGAGCAUUGGGCUCCAUAUCCGAAUUCCCAGCCAGCUACUACAGGCCAUGAAUCGUGUUUAAUGAAUCGUCUCUGUGACUUGACUUUGAUUGUCUUUGCCGCAGGUCCUCAGCACCCAGUGAGUGCCGCGAUACUUACCAGUUGGAACCUUGCCAAUGCUGACGUGUCCCUCGUUGGGUAUAGCAUAUACUACCACACAAUCAUUAUCGCACUGUACGGCUCUUCGCAGAAAUCCUUGAAAAGUGUACAAAUGAACAAUGCCAGUACCCCCUCAAAUGCAAGAUCCGGAGCGAUGCGCCUUGAAGCGGCGCGGGAAGUAGCUCGGCUAGUUGAACUUCGUCGACGGCUAUGGGGUCUGGACCGUAUUUCUGCGCCCCUCAGCCAGUGGGUAACGAUCUCUCUGCUCACGCUGCUAGAGGACCUGUCUACACUGGAGAGCAAAGAUGCGUUUGUCAGCCUUUGCGUUGCGCUGCGUGUAUCGGCUCGGCGAUGGGAGCAUUCCAAGGGUCUCCUCCGGCUCACACAGCAUCUCGCAUCUCAGUCACGUUUGACUUUACCUCCGGAAACUAUUCCUCUGUACAGGGACUUCCAAGACUCGAAAUGGGGCCCAGAGGAUGAUGAGAAAUUCGGUGCACUGGCUCAGAGCUUUUGGAUGUGA